UCUCUCUCCCUCUCAGCUCUGAAGAGAAACGGAGGAGAAAGAACCCGGGGAGAAACCGGAGAGAGAGACUGACACCCGCAGACCCGUCUGUCUGUCCGUCUGUCUGUCUGCUGAGUGGCAGACAGGGAACAACAGCAUAAGAAGAAGAAGGAGGAGGAGGAGGAGGAGAAGAAGAAGAAGUGCGGUCGGAGUUGCUCCGUAGUUUUCCCUCGCGCUCCGGAGGGUCUCGGUGUGAACAUGGAGCGGACUGGAAGUUUCCUGCUCUCCGCGGCUCUCGUACUGGUUUCACUUGGACUGACGGGCGCGCGGGCGGACACCUUCAAAGCUUGUCUGUCUGGUCAGUCUCCAGACUGCACUCUGGUCCAGUCCAAGGAGGACGACUUUGACUGGGAACAAGGAGACACUGCAGGUUCCUCCUUCCUGUUUGUGAACACGUCGGGUCGUUAUGGUGGUCAGCGUGCUCGCCUGCUGCUGCCGCCACUCAAAGAAAACGACACGCACUGCGUCAGCUUCCUGUUCUACCAGGCGGGAGGCCGUGAGGGUGCGGUGCCCACCACGCUCAACGUCUACGUCAAAGAGAACGACAGUCCUCUCGGAGUUCCUGUCUUUAACUCAUCAGGCCCCGCCUACCACAUCUGGAAGGGGGUGGAGCUAGCAGUGUCCACCUUCUGGCCGAAUUACUACCAGGUGGUGUUCGAGGCCAUCAGCACCGGCCAGAGAGGAGUUCUGGCUAUCAAGGAUAUCACACUGCAGGGACACCAGUGCAUGAACACGCCUCACUUCCUGCACAUUAAAGGCGUGGAGGUGAACGCAGGACAGUCAGCGACGUUUCAGUGCACCGUAAACGGAAGACCGCAGAACAACCUGCUGCUCUAUCUGCAGGGGAUGGGCGGUCGUCAGGCGGUCGUCAGGAAAACCAAACCGGUGAACUCUCGCCGUUAUGUGGCGAGUUUUGACGUGGAGAACACGACGAAGGGUGACUCCGGACGCUACCGCUGCAUUGCCCAAUCAGAGAGAGGUGUGGGUGUGUCCUCCUAUGCCGAUCUCACCGUCAAACAGCCUCCUGUACCAAUUGCCCCCCCUCAGCUGACAGCAGUGGGCGCCACCUACCUGUGGAUCCAACUCAACGCCAACUCCAUCAAUGGAGACGGACCGAUCAUCGAGAGAGAGGUGGAGUACCGCACGACGUCGGGCAUGCUGAUCGACACCACGCCUGUCGAUAAACCCACACACAAGAUCGGACACCUGGACCCUGACACCGAGUACGAGAUCAGUGUGCUGCUCACCAGGCCCCUGGAUGGAGGUACAGGAAACCCUGGACCGCCUCUCCGAGCCAGGACAAAGUGUGCAGAUCCAAUGCACGGCCCACAGCGUCUUGAGGUCGUCGACAUUCAGUCCAAGCAGGUGACGGUAAGAUGGGAACCGUUCGGAUACAACGUGACCCGCUGCCACAGCUACAACCUGACUGUGCAGUACCACUAUAAGCCUGCAGGGACCCCUAGCAGAGAGCCAGUGAAGGAGGAGGUGGUGUACGACACUCUGAGUGCCGUGCCACAACACACUGUACGUAACCUUCCACCGUUCACCAAUGUCAGCCUGAGGCUCGUCCUGAGUAACCCCGAGGGACGCAAGGAGAGCGAGGAGCUGCUGGUGCUGACGGAUGAGGACGUUCCCGGCGCCGUUCCAGUAGACUCCAUCCUGGGCAGCAGUUAUGAGCAGCAGAUCAGCCUGAGCUGGAGAGAACCGCUGCAGACCUACGGCCUGAUCCGCAAAUAUGAGAUCUCCUAUAAAGCCCUGAGCUCUUUCGACACAGAGUUUGACCUGUCCAAUCAGAGCGGCAAGGUGUUCAAACCGGCCAAUGAGACAAACCACAUUUUCACCGGCCUCUACCCGGGCUCCACCUACUCCUUCACGAUACGAGCCUCAACCGUUAAAGGCUUUGGACCCCCAGUCAUCACCCAGUUCACCACCAAGAUCUCAGCUCCUCUGAUGCCGGCCUACGAUCAGGAGUCUCCUCUCAAUCAGACCGACUCCACUGUCACGGUUCUGCUGAAACCUGCCCAGAGCCGAGGAGCUCCAGUCAGUAAAUACCAGGUGGUGGUGGAGGAGGAGCGCCCCCGCAGACAGAGGAGGGGUACUGCAGAGAUUCUCCGCUGUUACCCGGUUCCCAUUCACUUCCAGAACGCCACACUGUUGGACUCUCAGUAUUACUUCAGUGCUGAGCUGCUGAUGAGCGAACUGAGAGCACCGAUGCCCUUCUGUGUUGGUGAUAACAGAACCUACAGCGGUUACUGGAACGCUCCCCUGCUGCCUCAUAAGAGUUACGGCAUCUACUACCAGGCUGUGAGCACUGCUAACGGGGAGACAAAGAUCGACUGUGUGCGUGUGGCCACCAAAGCCGCAAUUAUCGUCACCCAGCUCACCACGCCGUACAUUCGCAUCGUGCCGGCAGCUGGCGACAAGCAGCUAACAGGAGCUGCGACCAGGAAACCAGAACCAGAACAGGAGAAACAGUCAGAUCACACAGUGAAGAUUGCUGGAUCCAUUGCUGGUGUCCUGCUCUUCAUCAUCAUCUUCCUUGGAGUCAUCCUGUUGAUGAAGAAACGACGAAGAAAUUAUCACUCCUACACUUACUACCUGAAGUUGGCAAAGAAGAGGAAGGAAACUCUGAGCUCCAGACAGGAAAUGACUCUGAUGGUCAACAGCUCGCAACACACAACAAUGGCAGACACGCACACGCUGAACGGACGCACUGUGUCGUCGCCGUCCUCCUUCACCCUGAAGACAAACACCAUCAGCACCACCGUCCCCAACUCCUACUAUCCAGAUCCGUUUGUACCGACGGCCAUUCUGGUGCCCAUUAAUGAUGACAGUCACACGAUGACCAGUGAAACCAGCAGCCUGGUCCAGUCCCACUACAAGCAGCGGGAGUCUGAGCGGGAAGCGCUGCCCUAUCAGACGGGUCAGCUGCACCCGGCCAUCCGAGUGGCCGACCUGCUGCAGCACAUCACCCAGAUGAAGUGUGCCGAAGGUUACGGCUUCAAGGAGGAGUACGAGAGUUUUUUCGAGGGACAGUCUGCUCCGUGGGAUUCAGCCAAAAAGGACGAGAACCGCAUGAAGAAUCGCUAUGGAAACAUCAUCGCCUACGACCACUCGCGUGUGCGGCUGCAGCCUCAGGAUGGAGAGAGUGGCUCCGACUACAUCAACGCCAACUACGUCGAUGGAUACCACAGACCCAAUCACUACAUCGCUACCCAAGGUCCCAUGCAGGAGACUGUGUACGAUUUCUGGCGGAUGGUUUGGCAGGAAAACACUGCCGCCAUUGUCAUGGUAACCAACCUGGUGGAGGUGGGGCGAGUUAAGUGUUGUAAGUACUGGCCGGAUGACACUGAGAUUUAUGGCGACAUGAAGGUGACGCUGAUUGAGACUCAGCUGCUGUCAGAGUACGUGAUCCGCACCUUCGCUGUGGAAAAGAGGGGCGUGGCAGAGAUCAGGGAGAUCCGUCAGUUCCAUUUCACCGGUUGGCCUGAUCACGGCGUGCCGCUUCAUGCCACCGGCUUGCUGGGUUUCAUCCGCCGCGUCAAAGCAAAAACCCCGCCCACCGCCGGCCCCACUGUGGUUCACUGCAGUGCGGGAGCAGGGCGUACAGGUUGUUUUAUCGUGAUUGACAUCAUGCUGGACAUGGCAGAGAGAGAGGGCGUGGUGGACAUCUACAACUGUGUCCGGGAGCUUAGAGCACGACGGGUCAACAUGGUCCAGACCGAGGAGCAGUAUGUCUUCAUCCAUGACGCCAUCUUGGAGGCAUGUCUCUGUGGCGACACGGCAAUUCCAGCCAGUCAGCUGCGGUCAGUUUACUACGAGAUGAACCGGUUGGAUCCUCAGACCAACUCCAGUCAGAUCAAAGAGGAGUUCAGGACUCUGAACAUGGUGACGCCUACGCUGCGGGUGGAGGACUGCAGCAUCGCCCUGCUGCCCAGAAACCAUGAGAAGAACCGCUGCAUGGACGUGUUGCCUCCGGACCGCUGCCUGCCCUUCCUCAUCACCAUCGACGGAGAGAGCUCCAACUACAUCAACGCCGCGCUCAUGGAUAGCUACAAGCAGCCGUCAGCCUUCAUUGUUACCCAGCAUCCUUUGCCCAACACAGUGAAGGACUUCUGGCGUCUGGUCCUCGACUACCACUGUACGUCCAUCGUCAUGCUGAACGACGUGGACCCAGCACAGCUGUGUCCUCAGUACUGGCCGGAGAACGGCCUCCAUCGUCUCGGCUCCCUGCAGGUGGAGUUUGUCUCUGCAGAUUUGGAGGAGGACGUCAUCAGUCGCAUCUUCAGGAUCUACAACACAGCCAGGCCGCAGGAUGGAUACCGCAUGGUGCAGCAGUUCCAGUUCCUGGGCUGGCCGAUGUACCGGGACACGCCCGUCUCCAAGCGCUCCUUCCUCAAACUGGUUCACCAGGUGGACAAAUGGCAGGAGGAGUAUGAUGGAGGAGAGGGACGCACUGUGGUCCACUGUCUUAAUGGAGGAGGUCGCAGUGGGGUUUUCUGCAGUAUCAGCAUCGUGUGUGAGAUGUUGCGACAGCAGCGCUGUGUCGACGUUUUUCACGCAGUUAAAACACUGAGAAACAACAAACCAAACAUGGUGGACCUGCUGGAACAGUAUAAGUUCUGUUACGAAGUCGCUCUGGAGUAUCUCAACUCUGCUUAGCCAAACAACAGACAGUCCUUCACCAUCCGCUUCCUCCCUCAGUCUUAACGCUGCACACAGUCUCACAAGAGGAAGAGGAAGAGGAAGGCGAAGGACAGGAGGUCUACUACUGACUGAAGGUGAAGAGGAGGAAGGAGGAGGAUUGACAUGAGGAAGAGGAGGGAGAUGUUUUUGCACUGCCUUGUUUGACUGCGAGCACGGACACACUGAACUCCUCACUUUGUUUCUCUCCAUGCGUCACUUUGUUGUUGGUGUUUUUAUUGUCACUGAUGAAACUUAAGGAACCAAAACAACAUCAGAUGUCCGGAGCCUCAACACGGGUUCUGUCUGUUACGUCAGAGUGGAGCAUUCUGUUCAUGACAGACUCACAGGAUAUACCUGAACUCACCUGUGCCAACAGAAGGAAAAAUCUGCAACAUUAAUAAAGCUAAAGUACUCCUGCUAUAACAUAUUGGUUCAUGACAAGUUAUCAUAAUGAGGACAUCGCUAUGUCAUUAACAUCCAUAAACAUCUUGUGAACAUUCCUCAGACAAAGUGUGUUCAAAACUCCAACCAUUUCCUCUUCAUAAAAUGCACAUCUAGAAUUAAGAUGGAAAAUUCACACAAUGAGUUUAGUUUGCAAGUAUUUUCAUAUUUUCACUCAACACUUGACAGCAUCACAUCUGAUUGGUCGUGGAGCAACGUGAUGUCAGACCUUAGAGUCAGUCAGGUUUCAGUUAAUGACAAUUAAACUGACAAAAUCAACCUGCAGACACAGACAGUCCACAAAUUGUACAAAGCAACAGCAACAGGAAACUGGCAGGAAACGUUACAAAAUCAGCUUGGCCAGCUAAGCUAGCUAAGGCUUAAAAAAAUCUGUUUAUUUAUGUGUUAAAUCAAGGGCCUAGAGUUUCAUUUAUUACUUUGAGGGUUGGUGGUAAAUUUGUACCGUUGUCACCAUGAAGUAUGUGUGCUUCAACCUACAUUACUGACGGGUUAGUAAGCGACGGGGGCAGGGCUUAGAGACCAGUCUGUUGUAGAAACGUCCACUGAGGCAGACGUCCGGCUUCAUGGAGAUACAGUGGAAUAUCAUCAGCAUAUGUGAUCUCAGAGAUGAAUGGUGUGACUUCAAAUUAAACAUAUAGAAACUGGAAUGAUUUAUCAAACUGAUAAUCAGAACAGUAAUUUAAAUCCUGAUGGAUAAACCAUUUAUGUGGUUAUCAUCUCAAGGGCAACCUACUUGUGUUUGUUCUGGAGCUUUUGGCCAUAUCGAUUGAGUUAUCAGUUUGAUGAGAAGUCGGAGAAGAGCUUUAACAUCUUCAUCCCCAUGGCAAUCAUGCGGACUCAAUCUGCUGAUGAGGACUGCUGUGAUUCCUUUGUCAUCAUCUUUCCACUGAGGAACAUUAAGACUAGUGACAACAUGCAGACUGUCCAUCUGUCUGUCUGUCUGUCUUCUUCAGUGCUGUUAUAUCUUCAUUGCUGCAGAUUAAAAAACUAACUGGAGUGGAAACAUCUCACCACAUUGUCUUCAAUUUUGGAAAAACCAGGUUUAAUCCUGAAUAUUCGAACCUGGUCCCUUUCAGGUCCUGUGUCUGUUUGUUUCCUCCUCAGGAGUUGGACGAAGCUGUUAGUUUUGGACUUGGGUCGAGGCGAGCUGUUAAUAGUGUAAAUAAACAGGAGGAAACAGGAAGAAGAAUAUUUAUUCCUUCAGUUGUUCUCAGUGUUGUUGUUGUUGUUGUUGUUGUUGUUCUUGUGAAGCACACAGAGAGACAAUCAUGUCAGACAAUUUUUAUGUUCUGUUGUCAGAACCACAGUUUGCCCAGGAAAACAACCUAACCCUGCUUACAUAGGACUCUGGGUUGGUGUAACCCUGGUCAUAUACAGCUCUGGGUUGUCUAACCCUGCUUGUGCAUGGCUGUGGUUGUGAUUGAACUCUGCUAACAUAUGACUCUGGUGCUGAUGAGGACAUUGUUGUAAUGAAAGCUUUUAUUUAUGUUGUAUGAUUCCAAAAUAGUCCAAAUAAAAAUCUGUAUACACUCCUCAA